GCCCUCGAUCUGGCCAGCGGCGCAGUGGAACCACACACACACACCGUGCAAUUAUAUUUGCUGUGUUUCUUCGUGCUUUCAUUGGGCAAAAGCGUUGCAGGACAACGCCACACAAGAGCGAUAAAGCCAACGCCUACAUUGGCGGCGAGCCAGCGAGGUCACCCGCUUCAAUAGUCAACAGCGGCAUCGACAAGGGAAACAAAAAUAUGGAGGAGUUUUACGGCCUCGAAGUUUUCGUUGGCAAGACGGCCAAGCCGAAGAUCCCGCAGGAUCGCGUGCUGCACAUCACGCAAGUCGCCCUUCCUCCCAACGCGGCCUACCCCGUCACCCUCGCCGUCAAACUUGACGGCAAACUUUUCGUGCUCGCCACGCUCAACCCGCAGCAGGCCAUUUACCACGUGAACGUGGACAUGCUCUUCGGCGGCAAGCAAGAUCUCACGUUUACGUGCGAAGGCCAGGCUGGUGCUCUGCAUUUAGUCGGCUACACGCAGCUCGCGGACGAGGAGGAAGACGAGGAAGAGGAGGUGGAUGACGAUAUGCACGACGGUGAGGCCGAAGAAUAA